CCCUCUCAAACGUCUGCUUUCAUUUAAAUUUCAAAUUUACGUGCUAAAAGACAAUCACUAUUCAUUACUUUCCAGAAAUAAAUAAAAACCCAACUUUCACACCACAACAAAGAUUACAUUUUUUCCUUCAUGUUAUGUACAUAAUAAUCUCAUCUCCAUUCUGAAAAAUCUCACUGCAACAAUAAUGGGAGAUUCAGCUUGUCUCAUGCAUGGCUUCUCUUACACUUCUGCCCCCAUUUCCAACCAAUCAAAGCAGGGGAAUCCCAUGCGUUUUCUCGGUGAAUCAGUUUCUUUUGGAAGGUUUGUGAGUGAGCCCUUAUCAUGGGAGAAAUGGUCCACAUUUUCACACAAGAAAUAUGUGGAGGAGGCGGCGAGGUACGCGCAGCCGGGCUCCGUGGCGGAGAAGAAGGCUUUCUUUGAGGCUCAUUACAAGAAACUUGCUGCCCAAAAAGCUGCUGCUGAAGCUGAAGCUGCUGCGUUGCUUGAGCAAGAAAAUGAUGCAAGAGCACAAGUUGAGAGACUAGCUGGUGAAAAUGGUGAUGAUGAUAGUAAAAAUAGUUCAGCUAAUGUAAUAAUCAGUGGCAAUGACAAGAAAUUUACAGUUGAAAGUGUUGAUGGAGCUUCAUGUUCAGAGGGGAAUGGAACUCCACAAAUAGAGAGGCCUUUAUUGAAGGGGAGUUGUGUUGGUAGUGAGGAUACCUCGUCUGCAACGAGCAAUAAAAAGCACGGUUUAUCUUCGCUCAAGUCAUCAAUUAGGCGUAAGACGUGGAGAGUUCCAUCCACACCACUUACACCUCAUAUCAACAAUGUGAGCCAAAGUGCUAAGAAAUCUAGUGUGGAAUCCAUGGAUAAGAGGAGGCCGUCUCACAAGUCUUUGCACGGAUUGAUCAACUUAGUUCCGAUUAAAGAUCCUGAUAAGGAGCUGGUUUCUGUAGCCAAGAAAGCUGCUGCAAAUUUCUCAACAACACCUAAAGAUUGCAGGACUCCAAUCAUGGCAGCUGCAAAAGGUGUGGCCAAGUAUUCUGCAUCAACACCUCGAUCAGACAACCGAAGGAUGAAAACACCAAUUGAUCCAUGUGACAAUGGAAGCAAAAUUGCUGCUCCUAAAUGGCAAAUUUUGUCUACUGUUUACACGAAGUCAGUGACUGCCUGUAGGAACAAAUUACAGUCACCAGCUUCGUCUACUCCGUUUAUGCUGAGAACCGAAGAAAGAGCUGCAAAAAGAAAACAGAAACUCGAGGAGAAAUUCAAUGCCAACGAAGAGCAAAAGGUGCAGCUGCAGACGACAUUAAAGGAAAAAGCAGGAAAUGAGAUUAGAAAACUGAGUUACAGCUUCUGCUUCAAAGCUCGGCCGUUACCUGACUUUUACAAGGAAAGAGAAACUUCAGUAAAUCCAAUGAAGAAGACUCCAACAACGCUACCUCAGACAGCAGUACUAGGAAGAAGCAAUUCGAAGAAGUAUGGCAUUGUCCCAAUGCCAUCUCCGCCUCCACCUCCAAAAUCUGUCACCAAGAACGGUGCUUCAUCAAAUAAGAAGGCUGCAAAUCCGAGAAAGUUUCUUACUACUUCAAUGCCACAAAGGAUUACACGUGAGAACAGAUCACCAAAUAUCCAACAUUGAACACAAUGAUUCUUCAUCUAAUAAUAGAUUAAUCUCUAUUGAGUUAGUUGGAGGAUUAUUAUAUAUAUAUAUAUUGUAGAAGAUCAGUUCAUAAUACUGGGAAAUAGUAGAAUGCUCUCAUUCCAUCUUGAUUCAGACAAAGUAGCAUUGUUGAACAUAUAAUCAACACAUUCUAUUGACAAA